AUGCCGACCACGAAUCGUGAAGUAUGGAUAGAUUUCGAGGAUGCACCACGCAAAACCUAUACUUUUGACAAUAUAUUUGGGAAUAAGGCAAACCAACAAGAUAUAUUUGACUCAGUGGUUGACCCAAUGUUAGGAAAUUUGAAUAGUGGCAGCAAUACAAUUAUUAGUCCAAAUGUUGGUGCCAUCCCACGUUCCCUUCAAUAUAUUUUUGAAGCUUUAAAUCCAGAAUCUGCUGAAUCUGCUGAUUAUUCAGUGAAGAGUGAUUUGAAACUUCAAGAUGAUGUUAAUAAUAUAGCUGUUUUACACGGGCAUGAAGAGAUAUCUUUAAACAAUGCUGCUGAAGGCAUCAGAGUUUUGAAACAAGGAUCAUCAAUAGACAAACUGCUUCAAUCAACUAUAAUAAUAAAUCAAGGAGGAUCAGAAUAUAUUGCUCAUACAGGUGUUGAAAACACACACGCAAGAGAAGCUGGAAAAGUUGACCAAAGCUUAUUAACACUUGGUCAAUGCAUUAAUAGUCUCAUGAGAGAGCAAUUAACUAGAUUACUACAAGACUCACUUGGAGGUGCAACUCUAAGUUGCAUGCUUGCAACAAUCUCAUCUGUAGGGUUAAACAUUGAAGAAAAAAAAUUAACACUUGACUAU